AAAGAAAAUGGCGACGGAAGGCGUUCAUAGCAACGUAGUUAUAUAAUAAGAUUUAUCUGUGCAAAAAUCUGUUAGUCAUGAAUUAGCUAAGGAUAUACGGAUAAGAUCAAAGACUACAAUAUGGAUCCUCGUGUCAUGGCCAUCAUGGCUCAGCUACAGUCGAAGGAGGAGGAUCACAGUCCUACCCCGGUCCUAGAGAAAGAGAAACCGCCUAAAACAUUCGAAGAAUUCAUGAAGGUGGAAGGAUUGACGGAGUGGCCCCAGCGCCUUACCUCAGAAGGGGCACUUGACCUAGAAGGGGAAAUCUUACUGCUGGGAUCACAGGAGGAAAUUGCAGAUCUCCUUAGGGAAUCAGCUCCUCUUGGAUUAAAUAAAUUGGAGGAGUUAGAACUCCGCCUUGAUGAACUGGAAGGGAAAUUACAUUUUUAUUCAGACCAGAUAGUGAGUGAGGCGAAGCAGGACACACACGGCCAAGACAGGUUGUUUUUCUCCCCGUCAAAAACUUUCCUCACAGAGAUGUCAGAAUCAGAUGCAGUCAAAUCUCAUCACAGUGCCAGAGGUCACAAAACUAUGGACUUUGCUGAGUCCAUGAUGGAGACGAGGAAGAAGAGUUUGGAGUAUUGUCAGUUCCCUGGUUUCCGUGUUGGAGAACUUAUAGAACUUCCUGGACAAAUGGAAUCUCCACCGAUCCUUCAUCGGGUCACAAAGGCACAAGACUUCAACCCUGGAUUCAAGAAAUUCUGGAAGAAACUGUUUUUGUCGGAGGCUUCAGUAGCCAUGAUGCAAGACACUUUCUGGUGGUUCUUCCUUAGUAAAUAUGAUCCAAACCGACAAGAAGACCUUGACCUCCUGUUUGAUAGAAUAGCUGACAGUUUCGUUGGCCUCUUUACCAGUAUUCACACAGAUGUCAAAGACAAGUUCCUAGCCGUAUAUCCCGACUGUUUAGCCCAAGCUGUGUUUAUGGCGUAUUGGGAAGCUUUCCCAGAAUCACGAACAAAAAUGGACGAACAGUUCAAACAGGAUCUAAUUAACACUGUGGUGGAGUGGAUUACGGGUCUCAGACCCAUGCCGAGCGUUUACAAGAGCUGGAACGUGAAAAGAAUGGAGGCUAAACAUCGAGGUGUGGAAAGCCAGGGCAAGGACGCCAAAAAGAUGAUGGUCACCUCCUUCAGCAACGACAUGAAGCUUUCCUUAGAUAUUGACUCCUUCAACAAGCUGAUAGACAAAAUAUGGGGCGUGGAGAACACUGGUAAUGGAGUGUCCAGUGGCCCGACCCCUCUCCCUUCCCGUGAGGUCACCAAACUGACCAAUGCCAGUAACAUGUCCAUGCAGAGUACUGGAAUGAUGAACCAACAGUUGGAGGCAAAGUUUUCACGAGGCAGUCCUUCCCGCAUGGCCACUUGUGGCACCCCACGACGUAAACCUAAAGAGUAUGACUAUCCAGGAAUUUGUAUAAAACGUGGAGGACUCCUGUCACACCAGAUAGGACCAGGCCCUGAAUAUGAGCGUGUGAUGUUUAACACCUCCGGAAGGAGUCCACUCAUUUCUCACUUCCUCCAUAUGAGACAACUCAAGGAUUUCCAUCAACCGGGUCGGAAAGUCCGUCGGACGGAGAUUGUUGGACUCCCAAAACAAGGCCCCACGUAUAAACAGCUCAUCAAGAACUCCCUGGCCAUGUCGGACGCUCUAAAGAAGGAAUACCAAAAGAUCUGUGACCAAACACACCAGGAGAUCAUGGAACUUGAGCGGAAGCAGAGAGACUCAAACCGCGAAAUAAAUGACCUGAAGCGCGAACUUAUGCUGACUAAAGACCCUUAUCAUCUCAAGAUUCUCAGUGAACGCAUCCUUGGCCUCCGGAGAAAUGGUUCCGUCGAAGAUUUGAAGUUUCCAGACAGGGACGGAGAAAGUCAAGUGAUAGGGAACGAGAACUGACACUACUGGAAGGAGACGGUGAGGGCAGUGAGCAUGGAUACCAUGAUGAAAGCUGAAAAGGAUGAAGAUUCUGGGAGCUUAUAUGGCAGUGCUGCACAGAUGGUCAAAAUAUUGCUGAGGAUUUCUUUCUGGAAAUAUGGUUGUGAAUUUCUUCAUGGAAGCAAAAUAUGGUUAAGAACUUGUUUCUGAAAACAAAAUGUGGUUGAGAAUCUCUUUCUGGAAACGAAAUAUGGUUGUGAUUUUUUUUCUGGACACAAAGUAUUAUUGAAAAACAAACAACUUUGGUGAAUGUCUUUCUAUGGCCAAACACUGUUGAGACUUUUUUUUCUGGAGACAAGAUGCUGCAAGACCCUUUCUAUUGACAAAAAAAAAACUGUUUUUCUUUUUUUUCCUUCCUGGAGGCAAAAUACUGAUGAGCAUUUUCUUUUUAAAGAAAAUAUAUUAUCAUAUCCUGGUUAUUUGUAAUCAGAUUAAUAUGUUUAUAUUCAUGUUAAGAUUUUGGUUUUAACACUUUGUUGUAAUAAAUACUAUUGGAAAAUAUAGUGGAGAGAGUGAGUACUAGGGAAGUGAGUGAGGGAGAGCAAACAAAAUGAGAGAAAUUAGAGAGAAAGAAAGAGAGAGAUUGAGGUUGGAUUGAAUUAGAAAGAAGGAUAAAAAGAAAGAAGAGAUCAGAGAAAAAGCAGAGGAAAAGGAGUGAGUGAGUCAGUCAGUCAGUAAAUAAGAGAGUGGAUGAGUGCAAAAGUGGAGAGAGGGAACAAGAAUAAAGAUUAAGUAAAUUGUGUUGUGAAA